AGAGGCUGAGACUGGCGUCACCUUCUGUUGCUAAGGUAACAUGCUUUGGCCAUUUUGUCUAAUAAAUGGAAUCCAGUGGACAGAAUGCAUUAUUCAUUGCCGCUCUAAUCAAACAACCAAAAUUGUUUAUUUUCUCUGGGAAUAUUGAGUGGGAUUAAAGACCUUCUGGCUGUCCCCUCUUUUAUUUUCCUGCCAAGAGUUGGACCUUGAUUUUUUUUUCUGCAGUGUUCGUCAGUGAACCUUUUCUCACAAAACUCUGUGUUUGGAACACUAAGGAUGGAUUAUCCCAAAAUGGAUUAUUUUCUGGACGUCGAGUCUGCUCACAGACUCUUGGAUGUUGAGUCAGCUCAAAGAUUCUUCUACAGUCAAGGAGCUCAAGCUCGCCGGGCGACCCUGCUCUUGCCUCCCACAUUAAUGGCGGCAUCUUCGGAGGAUGAUAUAGACCGGAGGCCCAUCAGGAGGGUCCGCUCCAAGAGUGACACGCCGUACCUCGCGGAGGCCAGGAUCUCCUUCAACCUGGGCGCAGCUGAGGAAGUGGAGAGGCUGGCGGCCAUGCGCUCCGACUCCCUGGUCCCAGGUACCCACACCCCACCCAUCCGCAGGAGAAGUAAGUUUGCCAACCUGGGAAGGAUCUUCAAGCCUUGGAAAUGGAGGAAGAAGAAAAGCGAAAAGUUCAAACACACAUCAGCAGCCCUGGAAAGGAAAAUAUCAAUGAGGCAAAGCAGAGAGGAGCUGAUAAAGCGAGGGGUCUUGAAGGAAAUCUAUGAUAAAGAUGGCGAACUCUCCAUAUCCAAUGAUGACGACUCUCUGGAAAAUGGGCAGUCCCUGAGCUCCAGUCAGCUGUCUCUGCCUGCACUGUCCGAAAUGGAUCCUGUCCCGAUGCCCAGGGAUCCCUGCUCGUAUGAGGUGCUCCAGCCUGCAGACAUCAUGGACGGGACAGAUCCUGGCGCCCCUGUGAAAUUGCCUUGUCUGCCAGUGAAACUGUCGCCUCCGCUACCUCCAAAGAAAGUCAUGAUUUGUAUGCCUGUCGGGGGCCCAGAGCUCUCCCUGGCCUCCUAUGCCGCCCAGAAGAGCAGCCAGCAGAGCAUGGCCCAGCACCACCACACGGUCCUGCCAUCCCAGCUCCAGCACCAGCUGCAGUACGGCAGCCACGGCCAGCACCUGCCCUCCUCCACCGGCUCCCUGCCCAUGCACCCCUCCAGCUGCAGGAUGAUCGACGAGCUGAACAAGACGCUGGCCAUGACCAUGCAGAGGCUGGAGAGCUCUGAUCAGCGGGUCCCAUGUUCCACUUCUUACCACAGCUCCAGUUUGCACUCAGGCGACGGUAUCACAAAGGCAGGACCUCUGGGCCUCCCGGAAAUAAGACAAGUGCCAACUGUUGUGAUUGAAUGUGAUGACAAUAAAGAAAAUGUGCCUCACGAAUCAGACUACGAAGACUCUUCUUGCCUGUACACAAGGGAAGAGGAGGAAGAGGAGGAGGAUGAGGAUGACGACAGCUCAUUGUAUACCAGCUCCCUGGCCAUGAAGGUAUGCAGGAAGGACUCCUUAGCCAUUAAGCUCAGCAACAGACCCUCCAAGCGAGAGCUGGAAGAGAAGAACAUUCUCCCCAGACAGACUGAUGAAGAGAGGCUGGAGCUGAGGCAGCAGAUCGGCACCAAGCUCACGAGGCGGCUGAGCCAGAGGCCGACAGCAGAGGAAUUGGAGCAAAGGAACAUCUUGAAACCUCGAAAUGAACAAGAGGAACAAGAGGAGAAAAGAGAGAUCAAGAGACGGCUCACUCGAAAGCUCAGCCAAAGGCCCACAGUGGAAGAGCUCCGAGAGAGGAAGAUCCUCAUUCGCUUCAGUGACUACGUGGAGGUGGCGGACGCUCAGGACUAUGACCGGAGGGCGGACAAGCCCUGGACCCGUCUCACCGCUGCUGACAAAGCUGCCAUUCGGAAGGAGCUCAACGAAUUUAAAAGCACUGAAAUGGAAGUUCAUGAAUUGAGUAGACAUUUAACAAGGUUCCACCGACCGUAACAGUCAACUUCUUCUUGAGUGCUAUGCUGUCUUCAAAACAUAAAUUUCUAAGAACCAUAAGUGCUGGUAUUUAUUCACAUCCCCAUUAUGAUGUAAAUCUUCUGAACUGCCUUUUUU